CUGCUUGGAGAAAUGUCCCUGUGUGCCAGCGGGAGUGAUACCAGAAGCCAUCCUGGAAAGCAGUUUCUGUGCUUUACCUUUUCUACACCAGAGAGCCCUAUCAUUCUAAUUCAGGCCGCUAUGUGCAGCCUACCAGGUUGUAAAGGGUUUUUACAGCCUGUCACAUCAACUCUGCGAGGAUGUAACAGCAGGCGAAAUGGACUAUGGCUCCAAACAUGCUUGUCUGCUCUGCUGUUUUAGUAGUGGUGGCAGCAGCAGCAUGAGAAUGGAAAUAAAUACUCAUAUCGCCUCAGGCAGCUGGGAAGGGGCAAUGCUGCCAUUGAAAAGCACUGCAAGUGUAAGAACUGUAAUGAAAAUGUGCAGCUGUUAAUUGUCCAAUCAAAUAUGGUGCAAAUUUCAUGUGAGGACUUGCAGGAUGAUGGACUCUGUCCCUAUGGCUACUUUGUCCUGCUACAUGCAUUUUAGCAUGUGGAUGGGAAGAGGCCCUGAACUCUGAUAUUUGGGCUAGAUUUGGUUACAUAGUGACAUAAAAUGUUUUUAAAUCAGGGUGAAAGUUGAGCAGGAGGCCACACAGCUCUUCAUGACAUGUAGGAACUACCCAUAAGCAGAAGACUGAAGAAAUGGUUAAAAGAAAACACACACCUCUAUCUCCAGGAAAGGACGCGUACAGAGGUACGAUGGCGAUCCAGGCAGUGUAACUAUUACGUUCAUUGAUGGCUUCAAACCUCCUCCGCAUCUUCAUCGUAACUGUCCAGCUAGAGGAUAUUUGAAGAUGCGUGCUAGAGCUGUCAUACACCUGUGAGCAUGAGAGCCGAUGGCAGUGGAGUCAUACACCAUACAUUGCCACCUUACAGGAGAAGUUGUAACUGUACAGCAGCCACAGCCAGAACGUGGGUGACGGGCCAGCCAGGACUGGGUUGAGGAUGAAGCAGCACUGGACUGGACUGUUAAGGAUGGAGAUUGGAAUUGGCCAGGAGAGGCUGUCCAGCUUGGGAGCUGCAGAAGGAAACACAGCAGGUGUAAGGCAGCGACGUCGGCAGGAGCAUGGCCCGUACCAAGCAGACCGCCCGCAAGUCCACCGGCGGCAAGGCGCCCCGCAAGCAGCUCGCCACCAAAGCCGCCCGCAAGAGCGCGCCCUCUACUGGCGGGGUGAAGAAGCCGCACCGCUACAGGCCGGGUACCGUGGCUCUCCGUGAAAUCAGGCGCUAUCAAAAGUCUACCGAACUUCUGAUCCGCAAACUUCCCUUCCAGCGUCUGGUGCGUGAAAUUGCUCAGGACUUCAAAACAGAUCUGCGCUUCCAGAGCGCUGCCAUCGGUGCUUUGCAGGAGGCAAGUGAAGCCUACUUGGUUGGCCUGUUUGAAGAUACCAACCUGUGUGCUAUCCAUGCCAAACGUGUCACAAUCAUGCCAAAAGAUAUCCAGCUAGCACGCCGCAUACGUGGAGAGCGUGCCUAAACUUCACUAAGAUGGGUUUGUCAUUCUCGAAGCAAAAUCUUCUUCCUGUUAUUGGUAGUAAUGAACGUUAGAUAUUUUUUCCAUGGGGUUAAAAGGUACCUAAGUAUAUGGUUGCAAAUGGAAAAAUAGGGGACAGAAUUGGGUAUUGGCAAGUUUUUUUCCAUUUUCAUUUGUGUGUGGAUUUUUAAUAUAAACGAGGGGACAUAAAACAUCAAUGUGGUCAAAAAAAUGUUUCAGUGAACAAGUUUCAACAAGUCAACUUUAUAAAAAUAUAAAUAAACCUGUCAAAUUUUUCUGGACAAUGCCAGCAUUUGGAUUUUUUUAAACAAGUAAAUUUCUUAUCAAUGGCAACUAAAUGGUGUUUGUAGCAUUUUUAUCAUACAGUAGAUUCCAUCCAUUCACUAUACUUUUCUAACUGAGUUGUCCUACAUGCAAGUACAUGUUUUUAAUGUUGUCUGUCUUCUGUGCUGUUCCUGUAAGUUUGCUAUUAAAAUACAUUAAAUGAU